AUUAGUAGAAAGUAUUAAUGCAAGCUUCAACCUGAAGGUUGUUUUGGUUAUUUUGGUUGAUUUUGGAAUCAGCUAAUGUGAUUUUGUAUUUAUGAUUUCAUGUUAUUUGUAAUCUAGUUGAUUAAAAUAAUCAAUUGUUUACGUUAAUUAUCAACAAUGGCUCAUGCUGUGGCUUCGAUAUUAUGUCGCAAUCUUUCGCGACUACGAAUUAAUCCUGCUUUAACAGCUUUACAGAUUCACAAAAACUACUCUGACUCAAGUUUAUGGAAACCUGGGCCUCCACCUGUAACGGAAGAACAGAGACGAGCUGCUGCAGCUAAAUAUAAUUUAAUUCCAGAAGAUUAUGAUGUUUGGGAUGAGAAAGAAGGUUAUGGUGAUUACCCAAAGUUUCAAGCUGCUGGAUUUGAUGCAAGGGAUCCAUUCGAUGAUUAUGAUGAUGAAUAUGACCGGUAUUUCUAUGGUGAACCAGUUCAUAUUGAUUCAAUUCUUUGGGGGCCUGCAGGUAUGAAUCCUGAUUGGCAAUCUUACAAGCCAGCGUGGUACUACCCUUUGAUGUCUUUUGGAUUUGUUUUCACGUGGAUACUUUUAGACUCAAUUCUUGAUUAUUAUGAUAUCCGAAUCAAUGGCGCUGUGAAACCAAAGCAAUAUCCGGGUGCAGACAAAGUGCACUAUACAUUUGAUCCAGCUUAUGACUAGUUUCUGUCACUUCUUGUUAUUUCAAUAAGAACUCUUAUUGUACAUUGCUAUCAAUUAUUUUAGUUCAAAAAUCAUUAAAAAGAUAACCUUAAAUAUGUUAA